GACCGCUCCUUCCGAUCUCUGAUUCCUCUGCUCUCUUCCUCUUCGCUUCGUCGCCGCCUCCGCCCAAACCGUAAGAUUCAAAGACGGUUAGAGUUAAAUUAAGGAGAUUUCGAGAAGAUGGCUACAACGACGACGACGAGCGGUGUGUAUAUCCACGUCAUCGAGGACGUCGUCAGCAAAGUCCGCGAGGAGUUCAUCAACAACGGAGGUCCCGGCGAGAGUGUUCUCUCCGAGCUUCAAGGAAUUUGGGAGACGAAGAUGAUGCAAGCUGGAGUCUUGUCUGGACCAAUCGACAGGUCGUCGGCUCAGAGGUCGACACCUGGAGGUCCGCUGACGCAUGAUCUGAAUGUUCCUUAUGAAGGUACUGAGGAGUACGAGACUCCUACAGCUGAAAUGCUCUUUCCUCCGACACCGUUGCAGACCCCUCUUCCGGGGACGGCUGAUAAUUCGUCAAUGUAUAACAUCCCCACUGGGUCUAGUGAUUAUCCAACUCCUGGAAGUGAGAAUGGAAUCCAUGCUGAUGUCAAAGCAAGACCCACUCCUUAUAUGCAACCUCCUUCUCCAUGGACAAAUCCAAGGCCUGAUGUCAAUGUUGCUUAUGUGGAUGGCCGUGAUGAGCCUGAGAGAGGGAACUCUAAUCAGCAGUUCACGCAGGAUCUAUUCGUGCCACCUUCGGGGAAACGAAAGCGUGAUGAUUCUUCCACACAAUAUCAAAAUGGUCGGUCUAUACCACAACAGGAUGGUGCAAGCGAUGAUAUGCCUCAGGUAAGCCUUGAGGGUGAUACAUUCUGCAUAACCUUUGUUGGUGAAAGAAAGUUUCCACGAGAUCUCCUCUGCUCAUCUUCAACGAUCCCUCAAGCUGAUGGGCCAAUGCCUGAUCCUUACGAUGAAAUGUUGUCGACACCAAAUAUAUACAGCUAUCAAGGACCCAAUGAAGACUUAAACGAAGGCAGAACACCUGCUCCAAACGAGAUCCAAGCGAGCACUCCUGUUGCUGUACAGAACGAUAUCAUUGAAGACGAUGAAGAGCUGUUGAAUGAAGAUGAUGAUGACGACGAGUUGGAUGACUUGGAAAGCGGUGAGGAUAUGAACACACAGCAUCUGGUUUUGGCUCAGUUUGACAAGGUGACUCGGACAAAGAGCAGGUGGAAGUGCAAUCUGAAAGACGGGAUCAUGCAUAUAAACGAUAAGGACAUUCUGUUCAACAAAGCAGCAGGCGAGUUCGACUUCUGAUCUUUUGACAAUAGCAAUGCUUGUGGGGAUAGAGAAGCUAGUCCUUCAAUGUCCAAAUGUCUUUCUUUUUUUCCUCAUGAAUUUAGACCAAACUUCUGUGAGUUAUGGGAAAGUGCUGCACCUGGUUGGCUUGUUGUAAAAAAAUGAUUUUUCCGGUUCACACGAUGGGAAAUUAACAUUGCCAAUUGUUUAUUUUGAAACAUCAAGGCGAUUCGUAAGGACUAAGAUCCUCAUUGGGAAUGAUCUACAAGCACGAAUUUGAUCUGAAACAUAUCUAAGAGAGCAAUUUGGUUGCUAUGUUAGGCCUUGGGGAACCGUUCUUCUCUGUAAAACCAACAUGAAACCUGAUAUUGUCCUCUUGUCUCGGAGGAGAAGAAGAAUGGAGAUUUGGAGAAACAAAGAGAGGUGAAAGCAGAGGAAUAGCUUUGGUUUCAACCGCAUCACAAGAUUGCUGUAAGAAGUUGAUUCUGGGGAACAACAGACAAGAUUCAGAGAUGUUGGUGCUUGCCUCUGUAGCCUAGUCAGUGGUGGUCUCGGGGACUCCAUGAGUGUUUAGCCAAUGAGUAUACAAGUAUAAACCGAGAGAGAGAAAGGAAGAUAGGGAGGAAGGAAAGUGAUGUGAAGAGAAGCAGAAUAAAAGAUAGAGAGGUUUUGUUGAUGAGGGUCCAGUUAAGGUGUUAACAUGUGAAGGAAAAUAGAGAAGGCUGUUAUUUUGAAACGGUCGCUAAUUAAACUAGAAAAGGUUGCCUGCUUUUUUCUUUUCUUUUGGUUCUGCUUUCUCCACUCUGUUGGUUUCUGUUACCUGUUGUGCCUUUGGGCAUCUUUUAGUUUCGACAAAGGCCCAAGAUAAGGUCAACUUCUUGUUUGUUGGAAACGUUUAAAAUCGUUCAUGUUUUUUUUUUUGGGUAAAAUGUUAAUAAUCGUUCAUGUUU